CAGGAGACGUCUAACCUAACUCUAUCUAAAACACUAUGUAAUGCGACCACAGCUUUCUCUGGCUGAGCAUGUUGCGGCACGGCGCAGCGCUCUAGUGGCGAAGCACAACCCUCUUGUACCUAAGCACGGGAACUGGCUAAGCGAAUGGACUCUGCUCUAAGACGCUGACGGACCAAUUCAUUGAAUCACUUGCAGAAACUCCGCAGAAACUUAAUGCAUGUACUAAUGGAUGAGCUAUGAAAUAAUACAGUGUUUAAUACCGUGUCUGUGCGUAAGUACGCACUAUGUGGGUAUCUGUAUUGAAUUUUGAGGAAGAGACGAAGUAUUUUCGUAGCGCCAAAAUCUUCAACAAAAACUUCUAAUUCACCAAGAAUUCUUAUCAGCUAAUCCAACUCGAUGGAACCCGAAACGGCAGGGUUCUUUCAAGAACCGGAUGAUUAUUAUCCCCCGUCGCCGCCACCGACCUUCCAGGUCUACACGACACAAUCUGGAAAAACCAUCACGCUUCAUCUGGUGGGGCACAGCCCUUUAGAAGCUCAUCAUCUAUGGAACGGUAGUCGCAUCAUCUCUAAGUACUUCGAGACACAUGUAUCCGAGGUCAAAGACCGGACCGUCCUUGAGCUCGGAGCCGGUGCCGGUCUUCCCAGCAUCGUAUGUGCUAUCUUGGGGGCCGAAAAAGUCGUAGUCACGGACUUUCCCGAUCCGGAUUUGGUUGCGAAUAUGAAGAAAAACAUUCUUGGGUGCGACCUCAUACCGGCUAUAGACGGUGAUGCCGAGAACUCACCAAUAGUUGCCGAUGGGCACGUGUGGGGGGCUGAUCCGACUCAUCUACUCGCGCAUCUCGAGUCUACCAAGAGCGACAAGUUUGACGUCCUUAUCUUGGCCGACCUACUAUUUAGGCAUUCAGAGCAUAGAAAUAUGAUCUCUUCCAUCGAAGCCACGAUGAGCCGAAAGAAGACGAGCACUGCCUUUGUAUGCUUCACGAGUUACCGCCCGUGGUUGCAGCACAAGGACCUAGCCUUCUUUGAUAUCGCACGGGAGAAGGGAUUCAUAGUUGAGAAAAUCUUGGAAGAGAAGAUGGACAAGGCUAUGUUCGAGAAUGACCCGGGCGAUGAAGAAGUUCGAAAGACUGUCACUUGUUUCACAUUGCGUUGGCCUGAUGAGAAGUGCACAUAGGCAGAUAGGGUGCACUGCGGCUAAGUCUACCUAUCACUAGUUACCUAGACUAGUACUUUCCCCGAGAGACUCUUCAAAUCUCCCCGGAUCGUAUCCAAUGGCUAGAGGCGAUGGUCCGCGCCCAUUGUGCACUUCUUUACCUACCAGCCUACCUGCCU